GUCGCUUCCAGUUAUUGAUGCGGCGGAUGAUGGCAAUGGCGGCGAUGGUGGUUCCAUGGACGAUUGCUGGGAUGUGAUGAAGGAUCUCCAGUUCCUCAUCGCCACAGACGAACAACUCCAAGACGAACUCGCACAAGUCUGUGAGAUCUUGGAUUCGGAUCAAGCAAGUACAUCCGUUUCUUGCGCCCCCGACUCGGAGGAGGCCGCGACGUCGGCAGCGUCGAGUCUGCUUCGCCGGUCGUCGCGCCUUGACGAGGAUUCCUCCUCCACCGAUGGAGUUUCACGUUCUAAGGUAGCGACGACGUUGCCCUCAACCUUGUCGACGAAGCGCAAAGUGGCGGCGGCCAUUCUACCAGAGAAGGGCAAGCCCAAGCCGAUGCGGUCGUCGGUGCGGCAGCGCGAAGAGAUCCAUUUGCUGCGACGACAGAUCAACGAGCUCACGAGUCGUCUUCACGCCAAGGAGACGACGGACAUGACCACGUUAGACAUGUCAUUGUGGGAACGCACGGCGAAACUCGAGUGCAUCGAAAAGAACAAGGCCGUACACGAGAAUGAGCAGCUCAAGGACGCCGUGUACCAGCAGGCCACGUUCAUCGAGCAGAUGCAGCGCGUGCUCCGCAAGAAGCCCCGCAUCGGGGCCAACAUCAUGGACAUCCAUUCCGACGACUGGCAGGCGUACAAGUUGGCGGCGCAGGUGUCCCUUCGAGAGGCGGCGAUCCAUGCGAUCGCAGAUCGGCAGUACCGCCGCAUGCAGAGCGCGUUUAUAAAGGCCGGCGUGUUCCACCGAGACCGGUGUCUGUUCCAAAUCCAAGCGAUUCCACAGCCAGACAACUCGUUCUUGGUCGAGAUGGUCACACACUUGACGUUGGACGCGCCGUUUCGACUCGUGGCCGCGCAGGCGUGGCAAGUGUGCGACGGCGAGCUUGCGAUCGACCUGCCCGAAGGCGCCGCUGAGACAUUCCAACACAUUGACCCGUAUACAGUGUACGGCACGCUGCUGCUUCCGCACAUGGGCGUGCAAUGCCACUCGAACACCAUACGAAAGUACUACAUCGAGCAGGAUCGCCAUGUGAUACUGUCACGGUCGGUCUUGGAGGAUGCCGCCGUGCCGCACAUGUCGAAAGGGGCCGUCGAAAACCGAACCAUGUGGUUGCAAGUGACACCGUUGCCAGACGACUCAAAUCAGUGCCGCUUCACGCUGCUGCAGCAAUUAGUGUGGCCCGUGGAGGACUUUGCCAAGGAAGAACAUGGGCUGGACAACGUCGUGACUGCCAUGAAGCGCGUGUGUUUUGGCCAAGAGGUGCGACCGGGGACGCUACCGAUGGCCGAGUGGCAGAUGGAUCUGACCAAGCUGCCGUAUCCGAGCAUGGGCGCAUUUGCCGAGCGAGGGCGGCGGUUCGUGCGGCUGCUCAAAUCCAAAGUGAACGAAGCGAUUGAAUCGUUCCACGGCCAACAACACGACACAGACCCGUUGCUUGUGUGAUAUAUGUUUAAUACAACGAGUAAUAAGGAUAAUAAUACUGUAACUACA